UGGGCCCCAGCCUGGUGCAUACGCAUCCCCGCCACCCCGACGGCUCUCAGUCGCGCAGCCAGCCUGCACCCGCCUCGUCUCCUGCAGCACCCCAGACCCCUCGACGGCAGGCCAUGGGCGAGUACUGGGACGUGGGCCCGGUGCUGCUGCUGCUCCGCGUGCACAAGACGUCCCUGGCUUUGCCCAGCCCGCUGGGAUCCUUGGCCCCGGACGCCUGGUUCUGUCACUGGUUACAGCUCAUGCUGCCCCGGGGCUCCCCGCUCUGCUUCCCCUGCUACCAGUGGCUUGAGGGCGAGGGGAGCCUGGUGCUGCGGGAGGGGACAUGUGGAGUGAGUUUCUUCUGGGGAUACCCCACUGCCUGGAUGCUGAAAACCUCAAGGAGCUUGAUCCCAACCUGCGUUACUCAGUCACCAAAGAAAUCAACCAGAACGUCCGCCUCAUCUCCGCGUGAGCCCACCUGCCCCGCCCGACACCUCCCUUGCUGCACCCCUGUUUCCCUCCCAGGCUCUCCCACUCAUCAUAGGAACAUCGCCUUGAAGCUGAAGGGACUGCUGGACAGCCAGCAGCCCUGGAGGAGCCUGGAUGAGAUCCACCGCACCUUCAUCUUCUUCAAAUCACCCGUGUCAGAGUACGUGUUUGAACUUUGGCAAGAGGAUACCUUCUUUGCUUACCAGUUUCUGAACGGCCUCAACCCAGUUCUGAUCCAAUGCUGUCACUGCCUCCCAAAGAACUUCCCUGUCACUGAUGCCAUGGUGGCACCUGUGCUGGGCCCCUGGACCAGUCUGCAGGCUGAGCUGGAGCUGCUCAUUCCUCAUUUCUGCUACACCUUCCACAUCAACAUCCAAGCCCGCACUGGGCUCUUUGCACCAGGAAAGCUCGUCCACCAGGCAACAUCACUGGGACAGGUGGGCUGCGUGGAGCUGCUGGCCAAAGGGCUGAAGGCUGUCACCUACCGCUCCCUCUGCCUGCCCCACCACCUGGCUGAUUGAGAGGUUCAGGACCUUGUCCACUACUACAACCGUGAUGAUGCACUCUGGAUCUGGGCGGCCAUAGAGAGGUGAAUCUCCCUGCGGUCUGAGCCAGGGAGGCCUGGCUCUGAGCCUCGCCCUCAGCUACUUCUCUAUCAAUUUGUUCUUCAACUUCCCCCUACCUUCUGCCCAAACACACUGCUGUCUCACAGCACUUUCCUGCCUCCUCUUCUUUCCCAACUGUGUGACCUUGGGCAAGUCACUUAAUCACUCUGUGUCUGUUUCUUCAUCUGAAACUGGGGCUAAUAAGAGACCUACCUCGAAGGUUAAUAUUAGGAUUAAA